UUGUCAGCACGUAGGUAAAUGUGCUGCCGACGACACAGGAUACACAACAACACUUCGUUCGUCUCUACGCAACGCCUACGUACGUAGUACAGGUCGUGUUUAUAGUCGGAGCGGCGCGAGGCUAGCCUGCCGGCGAUCCGUAUGAGUGAAACUUCAAUGAACAGUACUACUACUACUACUCCGUCCGCGGAUGGCUCUAAUUCGGUCCUUCUCGCUGCCGGCCACCAGCAGCCGCUCCACGGCCGCGUGGCCAUCGUGACCGGCGGCGCAGGCGGCAUCGGCGCUGCCGUGACCUCGCACCUGGCGUCCCUCGGCGCCCGCGUCGUCGUCGGCUACAUCGGCGACCCGGCUCCCGCAGACAACCUCGUCGCCACCCUCAACACCACGUCCUCCGGGCCAAACCGCGCCAUCGCGGUGUGCGCGGACGUGUCGGACCCGGCGCAGGUAGAGCGGCUCUUCGACGCGGCGGAGGCGGCAUUCGGCGCGGAGCUGCACAUCGUGGUGGCCGCGGCGGGGUUCCAGGACGCGGCGUACCCGGCCAUCGCGGACACGGACCCCGAGCAGUGGGACCGGGCCUUCGGCGUGAACGCGCGCGGCACGUUCCUGUGCUGCAGGCAGGCGGCGAGGCGGCUGGUGCGCGGCGGCCGCGGCGGGCGCGUGGUCACCUUCUCGUCCUCCAACGUCGGGUCGCUCCGGCCAGGGUACGGCGCCUACGUGGCGACCAAGGCGGCCGUGGAGGCCAUGACCAAGGUGCUGGCCAAGGAGCUCGCCGGGACCGGCAUCACCGCAAACAGCGUGGCCCCGGGGCCGGUGGCCACGCCCAUGUUCUUCGCCGGGAAGUCCGAGGAGCGCGUCCGGGCCGUCGCCGUCGAGUGCCCCAUGAAGCGCAUCGGCCAGCCGGAGGACGUCGCGCCGGUGGUCGGCUUCCUCUGUAGCGACGCCGCCGGGUGGGUCAAUGGUCAGGUCAUUCGGGUUAACGGUGGGUACGUGUAAUAACGAUGUAGGCGCGCGAAACUGGUUUAUGCGCAUGCAGAAAUGUCCUGUGUGGAGUACUAGUGUAGGGAGAUCAUGAAUCAAUAAUGCGACGAGCGAAGUCAUGCAGGCUUCGCGAUCAAUUUAAUUUGGGUUAUACAACUUUGGACCGCGUUAAUUACCGUUGAUUCAUC